CCCUGCAUCACGUCGCGCAAAGGAUCAUCGGCCAGCUUCAGCCUCUUGCCUGUCGUCACCCUUUACUUUUUGGGCAAUUGGUCUUCCCUAUAAUCUCCAGAUACUACUUCAAACGCCUCAACACCACCAAGAUGGCUGUGGAUUCUGCUGCCGAAGACGACAACCGCUCGCAAAAGCGCAGCCACUCCGAGUUUCGCGAAGUUGAUGAUGACAGCUCCUCCGACGAUGACAUGGGCCCGCAGCUGCCCUCCGAAGCGCCCAAGAAGAAGCGACGAGUCCUGCCCCACGAGAAGUUGUACGUCGCAGCGCUGCCCAAGGCCGCCCGCUACUCGAAAUCCCUGAUGCACAAGGAGCAAAUCCUUUUUACGACGUGGACGCCCCUGACCGAGUUUCUGAUAACCUCCUCCAUCGACGGAGUGGUCAAGUUUUGGAAGAAGAUUGCCCAGGGUAUCGAGUUCGUCAAGGAGUUCAAGGCACACAACGGCGAGAUCAAGUCGGUCUCUGUGAGCAAAGAUGGGCGGAGCUUUGCAACUGCUGGGGCCGACGAGACGAUCAAGAUAUUCGAUGUCAUUACCUUCGACCUGCUGUCCAUGAUCUCCCUCAGCUAUUCGCCCAACUGCGUAUGCUGGGUCCACACAAAGGCCGCCUCCGUGCCAAUGCUUGCGGUAUCGGAGCAGGGGAAGCCCCUGAUACACAUCUACGACGGCAGGGGAGAAAGGGAGGAUGCUAUCCAUACGAUAAAGGGCCUGCACAGAAGCCCUGUCCACUUGAUGGCGUUCAACGAAGCGUACGAUUGUGUGGUGUCCGCUGAUGAGAACGGAAUGCUGGAGUAUUGGCGACCGAGCGGGAACUAUGAGAAGCCCGACGAGGUUUUCCAGUACAAGAGUUCAACGAACCUCUUCGAUUUCAAAAAGGCCAAGUCAGUACCGUCGUGCCUGACCAUUUCCCCCAAUGGCAAACAUCUCGCAGCCUUCUCCCUGCCGGAUCGGAAAAUCCGCAUUUUUGACUUUGCGACGGCGAAGCUGUAUCGAACAUACGACGAGUCUCUUCAGGCCACCGAAGAGAUGCAUCGAGCAGGAACGGGUUCUCAUAAGCUGGACAACGUAGAGUUUGGGCGGAGGACGGCUCACGAGAGGGAAGUCGAGUCAGAGACUCUCAAGAACAAGUCCAAUGUCAUCUUCGACGAGUCUGGAAACUUUAUCAUGUACGGAUCUAUGAUGGGAAUCAAGGUCUUGAACACCUACACCAACCAGGUGGUCAAGGUGUACGGAAAGGACGAGAAUUUCAGAGCCGUCAACCUUUCCAUCUACCAGGGCCAGCCUCAAAAGAAGGGCAUCACGACAGUUGAGAUGGGCGCAUCCAGCAACCCCCUGCUCCAGGAAUCCGAGACCCGCGACCCGAUUUUGGUGGCAACGGGUGUUGGCAAAGUUCGGUUUUACAUGUUCUCAAACGAGGAGGACAUCUCCAAGUCGACCCGAGACGUGCAAAACGAGCGACCGACGAUGCUUGGGCACAAGAAGGAUGCCAAGACGAAGGCAGCCGAAACAGGUACCGCGGCUGUCAUCCACACUAGUUACGGCGACAUUCACAUCCGCCUCUUCCCCGACGCUGCGCCCAAGACGAUCGAGAACUUUGUCACACACUCGAAGAAUGGCUAUUACAACAAUACCAUCUUUCACCGAGUGAUUCGGAAGUUUAUGAUUCAGGGAGGAGACCCUCUAGGAGACGGCACCGGCGGUGAGAGUAUCUGGGGAAGGGAGUUUGAGGAUGAGUUUAGUAGUCUGAAGCACGACAAGCCGUUCACGGUGAGCAUGGCCAAUGCGGGACCCAACACGAACGCCAGCCAGUUUUUUAUUACCACGGAGAAGACGCCGUGGUUGGAUGGCAAGCACACUAUCUUUGGACGUGCGACGCAGGGGUUCGAUGUGAUUCAUAAAAUUGAGGCGGCGAGAACCCACAAAGAGAAGCCGGAAGAGGACAUUAAGAUCCUCAACAUCGACAUUGUCUAAGAAUGGUAAAGAGAGCGGUGACAUGUUCUGGGAUACGCGGCUGGUACCCGGUUGGGAAGCGGGAAGUGGAGGCGAGCGGCUGGCACGGCUUCUCCACCUGAGUGGAUGAAUGGAAUGAGCUUAAUACAGGUAGAUAUGAUUGACGACAAAUAAGCAAAAGCAAAAGCAACUGUGCCGGGUCGAAACCCAUCUGUCAA